AUGCUAGAAGUGGAGGAUGAUGAAAAUAUUGUGUUAAAGGAAAAGGGAACUCAUAGUUCACAGGAUGAUCAUAGAGAAAAGAAGGGCAACUCAACCUCAAUUCCAAUUCAGGAUCUUAGUUCUCCCCUUGAUAGGAGGUUUGUUCCUAAAACUCCAUUCCCUCAAAGGUUAAUCAGUCCUCAGAAAAGUGCACAAUUUGGAGACAUUUUAGAGCAAGUUCCUGCUUAUGCCAAAUUUCUAAAAGAUCUUGUGACAAUGAAGAGAAAGACAAAUGUCCCUAAAAAGGCAUUUUUGACAGAGCAAGUUAGUUCAAUCAUUCAGAAUAAAUAUCCAGUGAAAUGCAAAGACCCUGGAUCUCCUACAAUUUCAUGCAGGAUUGGGGAUCAUCUCAUUGAGCGAGCUUUGCUAGAUUUGGGGGCAAGUGUGAACCUAAUGCCAUAUUCAGUAUACUUACAGCUAGGUUUGGGGGAGUUGAAACCCAGAACCAUGACACUUCAAUUAGCUGAUAGGUCUGUGAAAAUCCCUAGAGGUAUUGUUGAGGAUGUGCUGAUUAAGGUGGAUGCGUUCUAUUUUCCUAUUGAUUUUGUUGUGUUAGAUACUGAGCCUGCUCUAAAUGCCAGUACACAAAUCCAUGUCAUUUUGGGUCGCCCUUUCUUAGCCACAUCCAAUGCUUUGAUCAAUUGUCGGAGUGGUGUGAUGAAGAUUUCUUUUGGGAAUAUGACUGUUGAGCUUAAUAUUUUUGACAUAAGUAAGCAAGUACUAGACAAUGAGGAUAUAUGUGAGGUUAACAUUAUUGGGAGCCUAGUCCAUGAUACUUUCCUACAAUCAAGUUGUGAGGAUCCCCCAAACGCUUGCUUAACCAGUUUUGAUUGCAAUUUGGAUACUGAAAAAUCAAUUGAGGAGGUCAAUGCAUUGUUGGAUUCUAUUCCUCUCUUAAGUAUUGAUAGCUGGCAGCCAAAAGUGAUCCCUCUUCCACUUUCUUCAUCCCCAUUCCCAUCUAUUGUAGAACCACCAAAGUUGGGUGACUUUUGGGAACACCAAUUGAUAAGUAUACUUCAAGAGCAUAAGGAAGCUAUAGGUUGGAAAAUUACUAAUAUUAAGGGUAUUAGUGCUUCUAUGGUUAUGCAAAGAAUUCACUUGGAAGACACUGCAAAAGCUUCUCAACAUGUUUUUGACCCAGCUGAUAUUUGA